CUCGCGGGGGCGCGGGCGCGCUCCUGGCCGAGCUCGCCGCGGCGGCGGAAAAGUUGCGGGGCGGAGAGAGCGCGAGCGAGCGGGGCGAGAGCGGGGACAGCGGCCCGGCCAUGGACGACCUCGACGCCCUGCUCGCGGACCUGGAGUCUACCACCUCCCAUAUCUCCAAACGGCCUGUGUUCCUGUCUGAAGAGACCCCUUACUCCUACCCGACGGGAAACCACACGUAUCAAGAGAUUCCAGUGCCCCCGCCGGUCCCCCCGCCCCCCUCUAGCGAGGCGCUCAACGGCACAGUCCUUGACCCCCUGGACCAGUGGCAGACUGGUGGCGCCCGAUACGUCCACCAGCAGCCUCCGCCCCAGUCUCCCGUGUACAGCUCCAGUGUGAAAAAUCCCAGCGUCCCUGUGUCCCGGGACAGCCUUGGGUCCCCCUGUCCCCGUGGAGCCAGUGAGGAAGAGCACGUGUACAGUUUCCCCAACAAGCAGAAAUCAGCUGAGCCGUCCCCCACCAUCAUGAGCGCCUCGCUGGGCAGUAACCUGUCAGAACUUGACCGCCUUCUCCUGGAAUUGAAUGCAGUCCAGCACGGCCCUGCGUCUGGCUUCUUGUCGGAUGACGCCAACCAGAGCCCUCCGCUGCCGGGGGGGCUGAGCGCUCACUAUGGCAUCCCCGAGAACAACAGCCCCUUGGGGGGAAAGGCUACCCCCCCGGUGAAAGAAAAGCCCAAGCGGAACGGAGCCCGGGGGCCAGAGGACGUGAGGCCCAGUGUGGAGAGCCUUUUGGAUGAGCUGGAGAGCUCCGUGCCCAGCCCUGUCCCAGCCAUCACUGUGAACCAGGGUGAGAUGAACAACCCUCAGCGUGUCACGUCCAGCCAGCAGCAGACCCGCAUCUCGGCCUCCUCGGCCACCAGGGAGCUGGAUGAGCUGAUGGCCUCCCUCUCGGACUUCAAGACCAGCUCCUCCGUGUCCCCAAGGUCAGUGCUCUCGGCCCGCUCCGGCACCUCUCCAGAACCACACGGCACCCUCUCAAAUUCUGUUUCUUUGGUGCCUCGAACGAGAUGUGUCUCCGGUGAUGGAGGGAGUGCCUCUGGGGUCCUGUGCAUUGAAGAAAAUGGGGGCACGGGGAAAAGCUGCCCAGCUCUGUCCUCAGAUCCCCUCACAGCCCCUCCUCCUCUGGGGUGGCCGCAUUCAGCCAGGCCUGGGGGGGUGUCGGAUGCUGCCAGCACUGGGUUAUCCUUCGUGGAUGGGCGUCUCUCUGGGACAAAGGACCAGGGCCUGACUCAGAAGAAAGACGGGGCCAGAGCGGGUCUGGGCAGUGAGAAGAGGCCUCCUGAGGCUGUUUGUCCCGGCUCCCUCUUGCCCAAAGCACACUCAAGGCCCCAGCAGCCCAGCCCCUCUUGGAAGGUGCCCAUCGACCCUCCUGGUCUGGAGGAGGUAGAUGAAGCUUCAAGGGAACAGCUGUGGACUUUGGAGCCCCGAGGCCCCCUGGAUCCACACGAAGCUGCUUGUGCUGUGGAAGGAGCCAUCGACCCAGCCUUUGUUGCUGUGAACCGACAGGAUGUCUUCCCGGACACCUGGGGCCCUGAGAAGGAACCCAGACCACAGAGGACCUUGGCGGUGCAAGGGAGGAUGGGUCAGGAUGGCGGCCACCCCACCCAGGCCAAGAAGGAGCUGGGUCAGGAGAGCACUACCUGGAGAGACGCGUCUGCCGUGAGCACCGAGAGGGGAAGCUGGGGCGCAGGAGCCCUGAGCAGCUUGGCCAGGAAGGCCGAGCCGGAGCCGCCCCUGGGAGCAGAGAGGAUUUCCACCUCUGGCCAGAUCCGCUCUGUGAUCAGGAGGAGCCGGGAGACAGGCCACGCGCACCCCAUGUCGCGGGAAGCCUCCCCGCGUCGACGCCUGAGCCCUGCCGUCCUCCUCAAGACCCCUUCUCAGGACCGGCUGAUAGCUGAGUUGCAGGACCGGUUGGGCAUCAGGCCAGAGGCAGAGGGGGUGGACGAGGCAGGGGCUGACGCGGAGGCCUGGCUGACGGAGGGGGUUGUCAUCACUGUGCAGCCACGAGGGAGGCGGGAUGGGGGACAGGUCAUAGAGAAGGUUGUCUUUCCUCCUGACUCUCCCAUUCCCCUGAGAAGAACCAUCUCAGUUCCUGUCUCUCCUCCUCCUUCUCCUUCUCUCCAGUAUCUCAGACACACUCCUGAGAGUGGGCCCCCUUCCCCCCAGUCACCGCCAACCCUGGCCCGCACCUCCCCCGAGCCUCUGGGGGUCAAGGAUGCCCGUGAUGAAGAGGGGCCCUUGGCUGCCCUGGGCCCUCUUCCUAGCAUGGCCUCUGUCUCCUGCCCACCCCGCACCCCGGCUGCCGCCCGCCUCACCGUGUCUGUUGGUUGUCAGACUGACGAUGAUCCACUCUUCCCCCCAGUUCAGGUGCUGACGGGGACUUCAGCAGCCCACCCCCUGGCCCCGAUGGCAGCCCGUCCACCCCCCAGCCCUCCCACCCUCAGGAAGGCAGCCAGCCCGUCUCCUCGUGGCAGUGAGCUCCCUGCAGCCCUGGCCUUUCCUGAGUUCAUGGCCCAGGGGAAGGUGGGUAGCAACUCCCCACCGGGCGGCCCCCCAAAGCCAGGAAGCCAACUGGACAGCAUGCUGGGGAGCCUGCAGUCAGACCUGAACAAAUUAGGUGUGGCCACGGUCGCCAAAGGUGUCUGUGGGGCUUGCAAGAAACCCAUUGCUGGACAGGUGGUGACGGCGAUGGGGAAGACCUGGCACCCGGAGCAUUUCGUCUGCACCCACUGCCAGGAGGAGAUCGGCUCCCGGAACUUCUUCGAACGUGAUGGGCAGCCCUACUGUGAAAAGGACUACCACAACCUCUUCUCCCCUCGUUGCUUCUAUUGUAACGGGCCCAUUCUGGAUAAAGUGGUGACGGCCUUGGACCGAACUUGGCACCCGGAGCACUUCUUCUGUGCUCAGUGUGGAGCUUUCUUCGGACCAGAAGGAUUCCAUGAGAAAGAUGGCAAGGCGUAUUGUCGAAAAGAUUACUUUGACAUGUUUGCCCCUAAAUGUGGAGGCUGUGCCAGGGCCAUCCUAGAGAACUACAUCUCUGCACUCAACACCCUCUGGCACCCCGAGUGUUUCGUCUGCCGGGAAUGCUUCACGCCGUUCAUCAAUGGCAGCUUUUUCGAGCAUGACGGGCAGCCCUACUGUGAGGUACAUUAUCACGAGCGUCGUGGCUCGCUCUGCUCUGGCUGCCAGAAGCCCAUCACGGGCCGCUGCAUCACCGCCAUGGCCAAGAAGUUCCACCCGGAGCAUUUUGUCUGUGCCUUCUGUCUCAAGCAGCUCAACAAGGGAACCUUCAAGGAACAGAAUGACAAGCCCUACUGUCAAAACUGCUUCCUCAAGCUCUUCUGUUAGAGCCCCCGGCUCUCCCCUCCCCAGCCAGCCUCCCCCCUGCCCAGGCCCACCUGGGAGGGGCCCCGAGGGAGCUGAGGGCUCCUGGGACCCAGAGACCUCAUGGCAGGGGAGGGGGGCAGGGGCCGGACAGGAGAAGGGCAGGAGGAGGAGAGGCCAGGGGUGCCACACCUGUUUCUAGUUUCCUUUUCCCAGGGAUCUCCCAAGCCCCACUUCCCUCCCCCUUCCUCUGUUCUCCCUGCCUCUCUUUCUUUCAUGGUGGGAGAGAUCUGUCAUGGCUGGGGAACCAGUCAGGUUUCGUCCCUGCUGUGCUGAGCCUGGCACCCCACACUGGAAUCAUUUCUUAGCCAGGUCACUGGGCAUCCCCAGAACCAGGGCUGCCCAUUCAGGGAGUUUUUGAGGGGCAGAACUUUUAUAAUCCUUCCGCUCUCUCCCUUCCUUCCCUCCUCCUCCGCUCCUUUCCUCCCUCCCCACUUCCUCUCCCUUCUUCUCUCCCUCCUUCCCCUCCCUUCCCUCCUCCCCCCCAUCCCCUGGUUCAGCACUCUGUAGGGCGGCCAGCUCCUGCCAAGUGAAUGCCAGCAUUAACCCCCCUGGGGAGAAGACUGGGGGUGGGGGAGAAGUUCCCAGGUGCCUCUCUCCUCCACCUUGUGGCUCUCAUUCACUCAGUUCUACUGAGAAAGGACUCUCCAGCAAUAAUAUUUUAUAUUGACUUUGUGGGCUCCAGGAUUGGCGGGCACGCUGUGAGCACGGCCCCCGGACUGGACGCUGCCCUGUGUUUGAUAGAUUUCUACACUGAGGUUUGAAUUCUUGUUUAUCUGGGUUGCUUUUAAUUCUCUCUAUGAAUGAUUUUGACAAGAUUUUAAGAUGUUCUUUCGAUCCUGUCCUUUGCCCGCUCUUGGACCUGUGGGGGCAGUGACCCAGGGGCCUUUGCUGUCCAGCAUUCUUAACCAGUAGGAUUUUCUUUGUACUGAGGGCUUCUGGGUGAGAGGCAGCCAGUAUCUUUUUCUAGCACAAACCAGUCGGCCUGGGAGUUGCCUUUUUUUAAUUCCCUCCUUCCCAGUUCACCUAGAACAUUUUAUAAACUGCUGUAUUCAGACCCCCAUCCUCCCUGACUCUGUGCACCGGGGUCUCAGCUAACUUAGCCCUCUUGCCGGCCUUCAGGAGAGAGGUCAGCAUAUAACGUGUGUUGGGUGGUGGGGAGAGACUUGGGGGGGGACGUGAGAGGAUUUCCCAAUUUCUGCCAGAAUAAGCCAUAAGGAGUUGAAGGAGGGGGUCCUACAACCAAGCCCUCCUUGUGUCUUCUGAGUUCCCCCAGGGCCCUGCUCCAGCAUGCCCCAUAGGAGUCAGGGGGCUGCCCUCUGGCUCUGGGCAUCCUCCUAGACUCUGUGGAGCACCUGUUGUGCCACUUUCCCUGUUCUUUGGGAAACCUGGGGUGGAGUGAUGGAGGAAUAGAAUAGAACAGAGAUUCCUUCUUAACAAAAGGAUGAUGAUGGAGCCAGGGGGUGCUUGGGACCGCCAAGCUCUGCUGCCCCAGCUUUGUCCCCGUUUUGUGCUGACCAUAACGAGUGCUUGGAAAAUUCUUGGAGGAGAAACCCAACUGACACUGAUGGUGGUUUUUGCAAAGGGCCUUGCUCUCAUUAUGGGCCAUGAAAUGUUCUCAAGUCCCCUGAGGCCAGGUCUGGGGAUAAUCCUGGGAAGAAUUUCCCAGUAGGUGAAAUGGGAGCUUACCUGAGUCCCCCAGGUGGAGCUGCUAUCCCUGCCCACUCCCAGAGCCUCCUCCGGUCAUUGGAAAUGGGCCGCAGACAGGGCAAAAGGUAAUCUGGGUCUGGUGGAGGCCGAGUUAGCUGGGAUCUCAGUGCACACUCAGCUUUCUGGUUCGGUUAGCUGAAUGAAAGCCAGGGGCUAUCCAGGCCAGCUCUUUUCUGUUUUGGGGUGUCUGUAUGUCCACCUCGAGGCCUUAGUGCUCUGUUUACAGUGACCUGCCCCGUCCCUCCCCUUUGGGGUCAGGGACAUCUGGGGGAACUCCUCUCUGGGUCAACAGUUUGAUUUGAUUUUUUCUGCCCUAUAAACUUCUAACCUUGCUUUUCCCAUUUAAAUUCCUGUGAUUUAUGCCAAUAAAAUUUACCAUUAUUUUCACCUUG